CAUACGCAUAACAGACGUUUCCGGGGGAACACAGCAUCGGCGCAUUGAAAGGGUUCAUUUGUCACCGAGUUCAGUUUUUGUUCCUAAAGAGGUCCCUCAUUUGCAUAUGAAUGUAAGAGCACAAUGCAGUGCUUCGUUACUUUGCAGUCGUGACAUUGCUUACUCUGUUGGUCAUGACAGCACAACAGACAAAAUGAUGUCCACCAGACUACUGACACAUCCAUUAAAGAAGAGUCUACCACAGAUCAACGCCUAUUUCUCAAAUCACAGAAGACACCAUGGAAACGUCGCCAUAGCCCUCUGUCAGUCUGGAUCCUGCUUCAACAAAAGGGAUGCUCACAAACAAGGAAUAUGGUCACCCUCACUGGCGGGUCACAACUAUGGCAAGAGGUUUUUCAGCCUUACACCUGCUGGGAUUGUGAAUUCAGCCCCAGCAUCCAUUCAACCCUACCUCAGAUUAAUGAGACUGGACAAACCCAUAGGAACAUGGCUGCUGUAUCUGCCAUGUACAUGGAGUAUUGGGCUGGCAGCAGACCCUGGAUGCCUCCCUGAUCUGCACAUGCUUGCGCUGUUUGGUUUAGGAGCUUUGCUUAUGAGAGGAGCCGGCUGCACAAUAAAUGACAUGUGGGAUAAAGACUUUGACAAGAGGGUGUCAAGGACCGCCACUCGGCCCAUUGCAUCAGGGGAGAUCACACCGUUUCGGGCUCUGGUUUUCCUUGGAGGCCAGCUGAGUUUAGCACUCGGGGUCCUGCUCUGCCUUAAUUACUACAGCAUAGCUCUUGGAGCGGCCUCUUUGUCGCUGGUGGUCACAUACCCGCUCAUGAAAAGAAUCACAUAUUGGCCGCAAUUUGUUUUAGGUCUUACUUUUAAUUGGGGUGCUCUGUUGGGCUGGUCUGCUGUGAUGGGAUCAUGUGACUGGUCUGUGUGUUUACCUCUUUAUGUUUCUGGAGUAAUGUGGACAUUGAUUUAUGACACAAUCUAUGCCCAUCAGGACAAAGAGGAUGAUGUGAAAGUGGGAGUGAAGUCUACAGCGCUAAGGUUCCAGGAGCACACUAAACCGUGGCUCAGUGGAUUUACUGUGGCAAUGUUGUCAGGGCUUGUUCUGGCAGGAGCGAAUGCAGACCAGACUUUGCCUUACUAUUGUGCAGUGUCUGCUGUGGGCAUUCAUCUAGUACACCAGAUCUACUGCUUGGACAUCAACAGACCAGAGGACUGCUGGAAAAAAUUUGCUUCGAACCGAAACCUUGGACUGCUUUUAUUCUUAGGAAUAGUUGCUGGCAACCUAUGGAAAAAGAGAAGCGAUAAACAAUAUGAAGUAUUGAACUCAGUUUCAAAUUAGGA